UAGAAGUUGUUAACGGUGGUAUAUGCAAAUAAACCCCUCCGAAACGAUCACCGAUCAACAGCAUUGAGGAUAUUUAUUCAAUUUCCGAUAUAUAACGCGUUCACUAAGGAAACUAGUGCAGUGCAAUUUUCAAAGAAAAAAAAUAUAACGCAGUGAAAUCGAAAGCUGAAUCUUAAAAUCAAUCUUUUUUGAAGAUUUACUUAAGAAAUAAAAUCAUUUAUUUGAAAUUUUUAACGGAAUUUUUUCUAAGAUAAACAAAGAAACAAAAAUGCAUUUCAAAAGUUUUAUCGUACUGAGCAUUUUCCAGCUCCUGGUUGCUGCAAAAGGUCUACAAACUGGCCAAUUAAUGUGCUAUGUGUGCGAGGACUGUGACAAAGUUACAACCAAAACUCCACUUGUGCAAUGCAAUAGUGAAUACUUCACUGUUGAUACCACUACAAGUGUUCCAACCACAGUAGAACCUUUGACAAGUACAACGACUCCUUCAACUACAACAGAAGAAAUAACAACAACUGAGGCACCAACAACAACAACCACCACUACUACCACUACCACCACUACAACUACAACUACAGAACCAUCAACAACAACACUAAUCACUACAACAGAAGGAAAAGUACCAACAGACUCAACAAUACCCACACCUGUUACUGUUGGACCAGCUUCUACCACAACAGGUCUACCAACGCCACCAAAUGUGAACACAUUCCUUUUCCCUAGUGUCAACGCUGAAAACGUAACAACCUCAGAAAACUCUACUAACAGCACAGUACCAGUUUUUAAUAUACGCAUAUCACGUUCCGUCGCAAGUGCCGUAGAGUACACCUAUCACUGUUACUUAGUACAAAAUAAAGUAAAUGGCACAACCAUCACCAAUCGCGGUUGCGCACGAGUUGGUGCUUCUGUUGGAGUAUGUGAGGAUCUGCAGAGUGCCAAUAAUGUCACAGAAUUUGCUAAGUGCUUCCCUUGCUCCAAUUCUCGUUGCAAUAGCAGCACCGCUUUGUCAGUUUCAUUGGCGACUCUCAUCUUCGGUGUUCUUGCAGUGUUUUUACGCCGUGAUUAAAUUUAAUUUUUAAUUCAGUGACGUCAUUUUUGUUUAUUAUAAUUUUGUUUAGAUUU